AUGUCAGCAGAAGCUGUCGCCGGAAACGUCGACUUGGCGCUUAGGGCGUUUCUCCUGGUGUCCCGAGAGCACGUCAUUCUAGUCCGAGCAAUCGCGGUCCUUUUCGUCCCCUGGAUCUGUUGGCGAUGCUGGAUGUUCAUCGUCUAUCCGCUUCUCCAUCCACAAAACCCCAGACAGCUACCAUAUUGGAUUCCAAUCGUUGGGCAUGGGUUUGCCUUUUUCAAGAAUUCUCCUGCGGUUCUUGGCAGAGCUGAUGAGCACUUUGGAGGUAGUAAGGAGCUAUAUUCUCUCUGCCUCUUUGGAGAGACUAUAUAUGUCGUCACGGACCCAAGACAUACCGUCGAGGUGUAUAAAAACACAAAGAACUUGACGUUUGAAGAAUUCGUCAUCGGCAUCCUCAAGCAAACAGGCAUGAGUAAGGCGGGAAUUCAAAGCGUAUACAACCCUCUCCCAGAGACCAAGCCCGGCUUCCCGAACCCCAACGGAGACCCCCUCUCUGUCCUGGUCCGGCAGAUUCACAUGCACCAGGCGUACCCAGGCGAGAAUCUGGACAUUCUGGACAGUCACUUCGUCGCCUGGUUCGAUGGGCACUUUCGCUUCCCGGCCAUCCAGAAGACGUGUGCGACCUAUGCUUUCCCCAGGGGCGAGAGCGAACUCCAGGUGCCGCUCUGGAAGUUUUGCUCCGAGAUCCAGGUCCAAGCAGCCGGAGAGUGUUACUUUGGGGACACGCUCAGUAAAAUUCUAUACCAAUAUCCCAGCUUUCUCACGGGAAAGCUGAACGCGGCACUAAAGAAGAUGCAGCGAGCACUCCAGAAAUACUUUGAAAUUCCUCAAAGUCAGCGACGUGGCCAGCUCUGGCAGGUUAAUACCAUGGAAGACGAACUCCGGGCUAUAGGAGUCUUGGAGAAAGACAUUGGCAUCCUGUUCUUCAACAUCUUCUGGGGCAUCAACACAAAUUCGCGCAAGACGGCGUUUUGGAUCCUCAGCUACCUGCUCCACCAUCCAUCCGAGAUGGAUGCUGUGCGGGAGGAGACGGCCAACGCCUUUCGGGGGGACCAGCUCGUCCAUCUCGAGUACCUGUACGAACAGUGCCCCCGGCUCAACAACAUCUGGCACGAGACACUGCGUGUGUAUUCACACGCCGUCUCGGCCCGGUCCAUCAAGAAGGACACGGUUAUUGGCGGAAAGCUGCUACGCGAGGGCCGCCGCGUCAUGAUUCCCUUCCGUAUGCUCCACAUGGAUGAGUCCGUCUGGGGUGACGACGUGGGCGCCUUCCGCCCCGCCCGGUUCGCCGGCAAGACGGCAGAGCUGACCAAGAGCCCGAGCUGGAGGCCGUUUGGCGGCGGCAAGUCGUUGUGCUCCGGGCGCUACGUGGCCAAGCACCUGACCUUCAUGUUUACGGCCAUGGCGCUGCGCCGGUUUGACAUGGCCCGAGUAGGAGAUGGGCCCUUUCCCGAGGGGGAUAUUGGCAAGCCUGCACUAGGGAUGAUGUCCAUUAAGAAAGACCAAGACUACACCAUUAGGCUCUCGGCAAGACAAGACGAAGCAGUGCAUUAG